AUGGUCGGCACAGCCGGUGCAAUCAUCAUCACCGUCCUUGUGCUUGCCGCCGUCGCCGCUAUAGGCUGGGUUGGCUAUAGCCGAUGGCGCGCGCAGAAGCUGGGCCUUCCACCUCCCUCCUUCACCUCCUUUGUCCCCUUCCUCAAAUCCGACCGUUCCAACAAUUCAUACGGCGGUCCUGGCCCGCGUCCAGGCGGCAUACAGGGCUGGUUCAGCGACCAGAUGCACAAGUUCAAGAACCGCAACAACCGCACCGCCGCGGGCGCGUAUGAGGGCGGAGGCGGCUCCUCCGCUGCCACAGGACGCCGCGGCUUCGGCGCACUCGACCCAGAUGAGGCCUGGGAUGCGCGCGUCGGCAACGAGGCCGACAAUUACGGGCCCGGCGGAUACUAUGAGGAGCAGGAGCUGGGCCUGCACGACCGCGGGCCCUAUGGGCGGGAUAACACCGCUUAUGACGGCGCGCACCAUGGUGGAGGUGGGCUGCGCGCCGACCCGUAUCCAAUGAAUCUUGCCGCAACACCCAGGACCGACGAAGGCUUUGAUGCGGAGAGGGGGCGCGGUGUGGCGGGGCGCAACCCAUUUGACGAUGAUGCGGCCGAGCCGAGUAAUAUCAGCCUCAGAGGUGUGAGCCCCAGGCCGAUGGAGGCGGAGCAUGGGCAGAGUUCGAAGCAGCAACAACAGCCUGAGAGUCCGACCGAGAGGAGGAGCAUCUUCAGGGAAGGGGUGUGAGGCGGAUGUUUUGCAUUGGGGGAAUAGGGAGAACACGGUCAGGUCACCAAGCGCGGUCUACAGGGACCAUGCGGUUUUUCCAUCUCUCGACAGCAGCACGGGCGAGGUUGGGUACAAGACCUGAUGGAGGAGUUGAUUCAAUGAUUUUUCUUCCUUCUUUGAUGGCACACAGAGAGAGUAAUGAUUAUCACGGGUAUGGGAUCCAUAGGGGUGUGGGAUCUGGAUCUGGAGAAAACGGAGUUGGAAGCUUUGAUUUUUUUUCUUCUUUUCUUCCCAUGUGUGGUGUUGAAACUGCUACUCAGGUAGGCGUGUGUAUCUCGAAACAAGACUCAAUCAAUACUAUUAUUGUUCCUC